AGAAUUUACUAGUGUUUGUCUUUUUAUCAUUUUCAUAGUACAAAACUUAAGAAAGACAAACUCCAGAAUGUCAGGUCAACGGUUUCCAGCAAUCUGAACCGUUGGUUCUUGAUCCUACCCAAAACCCAUGUCGGUUGCACUUUGCACCGCCUGAUUGCUCUUCCAUUCUUAUUCGCCUCAAUCCAGAUUCUCUCAAAACAAAACAAAACCAAAAAUCGUUACUUUAACGUUAACUAUAUAUAGAAAAGCAGAGGAUUAGAAGUUUCUGAUAGAAAAAAUGGCAGACCACUCUGAUGAUUUAGACCAACUUCUUGAUAGUGCUUUGGAUGAUUUCCAGAAUCUCAACCUUACCCUUCCUCCUCAAAGGGGAGGAGAAGGAGAUGGUGAAGGAAAAAAGCAAGAAUCUGGUUCUUUACCAAGUGGGGUUCAAGGGUUAGGAAUGGGAUUACCUGACUUGAAGAGCAAGAAAAAGGGAAAGCAAAAGGUUUCAAAGGAGUCCCAUGUCACAGAGGCUCUUGAUAAACUGAGAGAACAGACCAGAGAGACUGUAAAAGGAUUGGAAUCAAUGUCGAAACCUGUAGGAGAUGAUUUUGGUAAGGAUGCCAUGAUUGAGGAUUGGGUCAAGCAGUUUGAGGAGCUUGCUGGGUCUCAGGACAUGGAAUCCAUCGUGGAGAUUAUGAUGCAACAACUUUUGUCUAAGGAGAUUCUUCAUGAACCCAUGAAGGAAAUUGGAGAAAGAUACCCACAGUGGUUACAAGAGCAUAGAACCAGUUUGAGCAAAGAAGAAUAUGAACGAUACUCCCACCAAUAUGAACUGAUAAAGGAGCUUAACGGAGUUUAUGAAAAUGAUCCUAAUGACUUCACCAGGAUUGUUGACCUCAUGCAAAAAAUGCAAGAAUGUGGUCAGCCACCAAAUGAUCUUGUGCAAGAGAUUGCUCCUGAAUUUGAUUUAUCUAAUCUUGGCCAGCUAUCCCCAGAAAUGCUCGAAUCACAGCAAAACUGUUGUAUAAUGUGAGGCGAUAUCCUGUUGCAGACUAUGUUUCCUUCUAUUUAAUGGAUAUUCUUUUAACCUUUCGGGGAAAUAAAGUAACUUGCCUUUUAACUUCCAAGUUAUUCAAUCCUUGAAGAAAUUACAUGCUCAAUGUUUUGAACCUAGUUUCUUGUUAAGCUUAUGCAUGAUUAUGGGAAAAGAGGUUUAUGAGUUAUAUGA